CGAUCCCGUUGCUUUUGGCCUCUCCUCCUCCGGGUUUGCAGCGGGCUUUUCUUCCUUCUCACACCCUUUGGAUCCGCCAACAAUCCCAAAUGCCGAAUUGCACCAACAAAAAUUAGGAUUAGGGUUUGUUCGCUCUUCGACUGUAUGAUUCUUUUCGAUUCCUGCUCGUCGAGAUCCCGAAUUAAGGUUUCCGGAAUUCAAACUGGUUUCGAUUCGCAUCCGUCAAAUUCAUUUAACUGGUUUUGUUUCUCGGAUUCUCUCGUGGCGAACGCCCUUUUUCAUAAAUAUGGCGUAGGCUUUCGUGUUUAGGGGUUUUGCAAUUCAAAAUUAUCACUUAUUCUUCAUCUUAGGUCGUCAGAAGGGGAGCUGAGGAGUCUCUUUCACAUGACAAAAUCAAUUAUGAAUUUCCUGCUUUGAAUUUCGAAUUUUCCAUGCUUGUAACAGAAAACCUAGAGCUUGUAAUUGUGAUCACAAUUCACAAGGCUUAUUUAUGCUAGAAACGUGGGCGUUUGAACCCAGGGCUGCCGUCGGGCCUGCUCAAGGGGACGCCCGCCAUGCUGGAGGCAAGGAUUGCCGCGCUUACGUCGCGGCCGGGAACCUUUGGUUAAGACUGGUGGGAAGUGGUGGUGCACCGCUCGUUGGGAAGGUAGAUGCUUUCAGCCACGAAAGUGAGCAUGACCUGGGGUUAAUGGUCAGCGAUUUCCUGGAGAAUGGAAGCAGUGGUGCAGAUUCGAGAUGCAGCAGCGAUAGUGAUUCUAGUUUUUCUGAUAUCGCCCAUCUUGCUGAUAAGAUUUCGCUUUAUAAGCACAAAGUAGAUCAGUAUGAGAGCGAGUUGUUAUCAACAGUCCAUUCCCUUCUACUUUCUAUCAAUGAGAAAGAUCUUUGCUUUGUGAAGUCAAGCCUAUGUAAUGCUAGCUGCAUCAGGUUUUGUUUGGCAAAGCUCCUGAGAUUGUCUGGUUAUGAUGCUGCUGUAUGUUCAUCAAAGUGGCAGGGUUGUGGAAAGGUCCCUGGAGGUGAUCAUGAAUAUAUUGAUGUUGUCACUCAUCAUCAUUCCGGGAACACAGAACGCUUGAUCAUUGAUAUUGAUUUCCGUAGCCACUUUGAAAUAGCAAGGGCGGUUGAAUCUUAUGAUGCAGUGUUGAAUUCAGUUCCAGUGGUGUAUGUGGGUUCCCCAUCGAAGCUCAAACAAUUCCUUCAAGUUCUGGUGGAAGCUGCAAGGUCUUCUCUGAAGCAAAACUCAAUGCCUCUUCCUCCAUGGAGGUCUUUUGCUUAUUUGCAAGCCAAGUGGCACUCUGCCUACCAGAGAAAGCUCAAUCCCGAUGAACGAAGUAUCCCUGAGCCUGAGACCUGUUGUUCUGAUCAUAAACAGUGCAUGGGGCAUUUGAAAAGGCUGCAAUCUUCUAUCCAAUCUGAAAUUGAAGCAGAACGAUUGUUGAAGCCCAAGAGCAAUGAUCAUCAACGUAGAUGGAAGCUGGAGAGGUGGAGGCAGUCAUUUAGAGCUCUAUGAAGAUGUACAGAAUUUAGCGGGAUAAUAAAAUCCAUUUCAUCAUAUGAGGCUGCUUUUCAAGCACCCGAAAAAUAAGAACAACAAUAAAGAAAAGGGAUCAUUUAGAUAUGAAAUAAGCCAUAAACAGAAAAUAGGUUGAUUCAUACAGUCGAUACACAACAAAUAACAAGCCAUAUUUUGGUGGAGCAUCCAUAUUAUGGAGUUUUGUCUCUCUUCCAAUUAUUUUCCUGCACCAGCAGAAAGCAAGGCAGUACUUGCUUGACCCUGAUGCAUCAUUCCAUAAUUUUUUUGUUGAUUGCUUGAGAUAUAUUUGUUCUUUUAAAUGUCAUUUUGUGUGACUUCCUUGCCUCUUUAUUUUAUGGGCACAGGAGUUUUUGAUCUGUUUGUACUUUUUCAUUUUUCCUCACGAAACUUCCAAGUUUGUCUUCCCGGCUGCAGUUCAAAGGCUGCUUGCUUGGUGUCAACUUUUAUUCUGUUCAAUUAAUAUUAAGAGUUUUGGGAUAUAUAAUAUGCUCUACAA